CAGACGCCUCCCCCCCCUCUUAUUCCUCUCGUUCGGGUCCUUCCUGAGUUCGAUUCUUCCUUUGUUGGUACGGAAACGCCCGGACCGAUCGUUUCUCUCUGCUCGAGUCCUCCUUUUCACAAAUACUCGUACUUAGCGGCCAUCUUCUGUCAAGGCAAAGCGUCCCGCGAAUCCGGCGGAAUUUGCCCUGCAUCCGCAUCAGCACAGUUGCUCCAGAUCUUGCCGAUACGUAAACAGAUCACAACAUGAGUUCCGCAAAGUCUGUCUCAAUAGCUGGGAGCACGGGCCUGGUGGGCUCCUUCGCGCUCCAGUACUUUCUCUCGAGCCCGCAGACUUCCCACGUGUAUUCCUUAAUGCGCCGUCCUUAUCCUCACCUAAUUACCGACCCCGAAUCAAAGCUUAAACCUCUCAUCUCGAGUGACAUCACGACAUGGGCUGCAACUCUUGGUUCUAUCCCCACUACCGUGUUUGUCUCUGGCCUUGGAACUACCCGCAAGGAUGCCGGCUCUUUCGAGUCUCAGCGUAAAAUCGACUUUGACCUUAAUCUUGAUCUAGCAAAGGCAGCCAAAGCAGCCGGCGCAAAAACAUACGUUUUGAUCUCCUCCACUGGCGCAGACUCAACAUCUCGGUUCCCUUACAUGAAGAUGAAGGGAGAGUUGGAAGAUGCGGUUAUCGAGAUAGGGUUUGAAAGGACGGUAAUCCUAAGGCCAGGGUUAAUUGUCGGCUCACGGGAGAAGACUAGGUUGUUGGAGUACCCGCUCCAUGGUGUGGCCAAUCUCCUUGGUGCUAUCUCGGGUGGAAAGUUGAAGGAUGGGUGGGCUCAGGAUGCAGAUAUUAUUGGGAGGGCUGCUGUCAGGGCCGCCCUGGAGGAAGGUGUUUGGGAAGGCAAGGGGAAGCAGGAAGGCGGAAAGACGGUUUGGCACCUCACGCAAGCUGAUAUCGUUGCUCUUGGGAAACAUGCAACAUCUUAAGUGAUAAAUCACAGCGCUCGAGUACUCGAGUAUUGGGUGGGAAAGGUAUACUCGAGUACCUAGUGCGGCUGCAAGUGCUUUUAUGUGUUUUUCUUUUUCUUUCUUUCUUUUCCCUACUUUCCCCGGCUAUGAGGGCUCACGGGCUACUCGUACUUUUGCCUAAGUACAGUAGUUACGACUUAAUGCUGCAUAAUAUCAAAUUGAACUACCAGUGCAAGUACUCAAGUACGUCGACCCAUACAGACAUAAGCUAUAUCUCUAAUGUUUGCUUCAAUAAUUGAAACUCAUUUUGAAUGCAUUUUUUCAUCACUCACUUGGGUCAUUUCCUAGCAAGAUGCGUAUAAAUAAAUUAUAUUGAAGUAUAAAGAGCAA